UUUGUGCGUUUAUGCCCUGCGUUGCAUCUCCAACUACGUUCACUGGUCACGGACGGCUCCGGCUUCUUCUCAACGAUAUUGGCAGCGGGACUUCACUCACUGCAUCUAAAAGUUCGGCGGCUUAUCCCUGAACACGAGCGGCGCGACUUUCCCUAACUUUCGACGCAGCGUCAGUACCGGUAAAAUCUCGCUAAUCGAGUCCUCAGGGUGUGAAGUACCUCCUCCUGUCGUAAGGGCUUGACUGGUGUGAAAGAUGUCAAAAUUGCGAUCACUCUGGAAAGCUUAUGUAAAUACAACAAAAAAAGCUCUCGCUUGGAAUGUUGAGGAAUGGAUACCACCUACUGAAAAAUACAUAUUCAACUUCAAUUCCAAGCAAGAAGUUAAGAAAUGGCAUUUAUAUUCAGAUUCUGAAUAUGGAGGAUUGUCAUCAGCGUCAUUGGAAAUCAGUGAAACUGGAAAUGAGCUUCGUGGAGUUUUCUCUGGAAAUCUCUCCUUGGAUGUAAGUGGGAACUCAAAAUUGAACAUAACAAGGAGUGGGUUUUGUGGAAUGCGCUCCAAAAAGUUUGAUGGCUUCGUUGAUCUGGAUUUGUAUGAUUCAAUUGCAAUGAAAGUUAGAGGAGAUGGACGAUGCUAUAUAUCAACUAUUUAUACGGAGAAUUGGGUAAACUCACCAGGACAGGAGGAAGAUAAUUCAUGGCAAGCAUUUUUUUUAGCGCCUAAAGGUGAUUGGUAUAUUACCAAGAUUCCUUUCGAUCGAUAUUUACCAACAUGGAGAGGACAUGUAAUAGAUUCAGAGUUGGAAAUGAAUCCAUCUCGUAUUGUUGGAAUGUCUUUAUCGAUUAAUGCUGCUGGUGGCAUUCCUGGUGCUAGAUCUGGGCCUGGUGACUUUCAAGUCGAAAUCGAUUGGAUCAAAGCCUUGAGAACUCAGUGAGUCAGUUUUUAUUUUGUUACAUCGUGGAAAUAACUAAAUUAUGAUCCCAUUUUAAUUUCUACUCCAAUAAAAAUGCAAAUUUUUGUACCAAAUUAUUUUCACAACUUUUAUUGUUUAAACGUGAAGAAUGUAGCGUGAAUAUACAUCCUAUUUGGAUCUUUAGUCUUAGAAUAUAUAAAUCAAACUUUACUUUAUACA